CAACAAUGUGACAAUACUUGGACCUAAGACGAUUUCAACAGAGAACAAAAAGUUUCAUUUCAUUCCGUUGGAAGGAUUAAUUGAAGCGACUGUGGCAUCAGGCGUGUUCCAACCUGAGGCGCUUAUGCAUCUCUCUGUGCUGGGCAAUAUCAAGAUAUGCAAUGAAUUCUCUCUUAUGACAUGCAACCAUACUCUCCAUACCAAAGGUCUCCAAAAGCUGAUCGAUUAUCCAAAAGAUUUCCAAUUUGAUCUGAUUAUUUUAGACCUUACUGUAACGCCUUGUUUCUUACCAUUGAUUGAAAGGUUCAAUUCACCUCCUGCUAUCGUGAUAUCUGCAAUGAUACUACCACCCGUUUUGUCGGAAUUAUUCGGAAACAGCUUCCCAGUAUCAUAUAUACCGUAUAUUUUGUUGAAGAAUACGGCUAGAAUGAAUUUUUUGGAGAGAUUGAAUAAUUUCAUCUUCUACGAAAUUGAUCUUUAUUGGAAAGCUUACUCGUUUUCUACCAUGGAACAGAUGUCGAGAAGGGUAUUCGGAGAAAACAUGCAGAGUUUGGAUGCCCUGGGUAAGAAACCAACGUUUCUCUUGUGUAACUUGAGCCCAGGAUUCCACUAUUCUCAACCACUUACGCCUAAUGUCAUCCCUGUGGGUGGACUGCAUAUCGACACUAAGAAAAAACUCCCCCAGGAUUUGCAAGAUAUCAUGGACUCUGCAAAAAACGGGGUCAUAUUAUUUUCCUUAGGAACUAACGUGAGAUCCGAUAAAAUGAGCUCCGAAAAGAGAAACAACAUUCUGAAGGCUUUUAGUAAGAUGAAUCAAACAGUCUUAUGGAAAUUCGAAUCUAAUAUAACAAAUUAUCCAAAAAACGUGAUUAUCAGGAAAUGGACACCGCAGACUGAAAUACUCGCUCAUCCGAAUUUGAAAUUAUUCAUUACUCACGGAGGUGGUUUGAGUACAAUUGAGGCGGCUUUUUAUGGAAUACCGAUGGUGGGUAUCCCAUUUUUCGUAGACCAAUAUUCUAAUAUGGAACUGGUUGAAACUAGAGAAAUAGGAGUCACGUUGGAUUAUGAAACUUUGACUUCAGAAAGUUUGGUGGAAGCAGUCAACAACGUUUUAACAAACCCAAAGUAUCUCAAGAAUGCGAGAAGAAUAUCUUCAUUAAUGAGGGAUCAACCACAAACUUCAAUGGAGCGAGCGUUAUUUUGGAUUGAAUUCGCGAUGCGGAACAACGGCACCAACAUUUAUGAUCCUCAAUCAAGGCACAUUUCGGGUUUCAUUUCGUCUUCAUUUGACAUUUACCUAUUUUUUUUAUUGAUACUUUGCAUAUUUUUGUACUCUUUAUCGAAAGUAUUGUCGGUCUUAUGGAUACUUGUGAAUAAUUGGAAGCAGAAAAAAGUGAAAAUGAAUUGAUAAUGAUCAGUCAUAGAUGUAUAUACACUCGAAUAAUCGAUCCAUUCGAAAUGUUGAUAUUGAAAUAUUGAUCAAUAAAUUCAAGA